AUCCGAUAAGUUGGUGAUAUGUGUCUUGUACAGAAUCACAGAACACACACAGAGAGAGAAGAUUAAUUUUGAUUCAUCGUAUAAGGUCUUGAAAUAAUCAAUCCAUCAUCAUAAAGCCCCCCUUUUUCUUGAUCUCCCUUUUCCGAAAGAAGAUCUGAAGAAGAAGAAAUGCAACUGAUCAAUGCGGUGGCGGCGGGGAGGAUGCUGUACGGAUUCGGACAAUCCAACGGAGGCGGCGAGGCGAUCCCGUUUGGAUCACCGUGGUGGUUCAUCUACGCAGGCGUCUCUUGUAUCCUCGUCCUGUUCGCGGGAAUCAUGUCUGGUCUGACUUUGGGGCUUAUGUCUCUCGGUCUCGUCGAGCUCGAGAUCCUCCAACGCAGUGGCACUCCCAACGAGAAGAAACAAGCCUCUGCGAUAUUCCCGGUUGUUCAGAAACAGCAUCAGCUUUUAGUGACACUGCUUCUGUGCAAUGCUGUUGCAAUGGAGGGGCUUCCUAUAUAUUUGGAUAAGCUAUUCAAUGAAUACGUUGCCAUCAUUCUUUCUGUCACUUUUGUUCUUGCUUUCGGUGAGGUUAUACCUCAAGCGAUAUGCACCAGGUAUGGACUCGCCGUAGGAGCUAACUUCGUCUGGCUUGUCCGCAUUUUAAUGAUUCUCUGCUACCCUAUUGCCUUUCCCAUCGGCAAGAUAUUGGAUUUGGUACUGGGACACAAUGACGCAUUGUUUAGACGAGCUCAGUUGAAAGCUCUUGUCUCCAUUCACAGCCAAGAGGCUGGCAAGGGAGGUGAACUUACGCAUGAUGAGACGACAAUCAUUAGUGGAGCACUUGAUUUGACCGAAAAGACUGCACAAGAAGCCAUGACCCCAAUCGAAUCGACCUUCUCCUUGGAUGUAAAUUCAAAGUUGGACUGGGAAGCUAUGGGUAAGAUUCUGGCACGAGGCCAUAGCCGAGUUCCUGUCUACUCUGGGAAUCCCAAAAACGUUAUUGGCCUUCUCUUGGUAAAGAGUCUACUAACAGUUCGACCUGAAACAGAGACACUUGUCAGCGCGGUUUGUAUACGUAGAAUGCCAAGGUUUAUCCAAUACUCCCUCUGUUUUUUAAAGAUCCAUGUUCUAGGAAAAAAAUUUGUUUUAAAAAUAUACAUUUUUUACUUUUUCAAUGUAUUAUUUAAUGAAAAUCUGUUAACUUCAAAAAAAUUAAUUGUGUUUAUUGGAUUUUUAUUGGUUAAAGAUUAUGGAAAAUUGUUAUUCACAAAAAUCAAUGCAUUUUUAAUGUGA